AUGUGAAAUCAUCUUGCAAUAUAAAACAACAAGAUUUGAGAGCCAAGUUGCUAAGAGAAGCGAGUUUAUUUAUAUGGGAUGAGGCUCCUAUGAUGCAUAGAUUUUGUUUUGAGGCAUUUGAUCGUACCAUGCGCGAUUUGAUGAGAGGUGUAGAUAAGGAAAACUUGAACAGACCAUUUGGAGGUAAAGUUGUCGUAUUGGGUGGAGAUUUUAGGCAAAUAUUACCUGUGAUUAGACAAGCUAAUCGAUUUGAUAUAAUGAAGUCCACUAUCAACUCUUCUCUUCUUUGGCAUAGUUGCAAGGUUUUGAAGCUCACAAGGAACAUGAGGUUAGUUGAUGAUGGUACAAGUCCAAGUGCUAAUGAGAUUAGAGAUUUUGCAAACUGGAUUUUGAAAAUUGGUAAUGGUGAGAUGGAAGCUGACGAGGAUGGAGAAGGUCGCAUAGAUAUACCCGAAGAACUGUGCAUUCCUCCAUGUGAUAACCCUUUGCAAGAAUUGAUUGACUUUGUUUAUCCUAAUAUUGUCAACAACAUUGACAAUCAGCGGAUUUUUGAAGAAAAGGCAAUUUUGGCUCCAACGCUUGAUUGUGUUGAACAGGUUAAUGACUAUGUUUUGUCCUUGAUAGAAGGCGAAGAGAAACAUUAUCUCAGUUCUGAUACACCUUGCAAAUCUGAUGAGGAUUAUGAUAUUCAAGGAGAUUGGUGUACCACUGAGUUCCUCAAUGAUGUCAAAUGUUCUGGGAUACCGAACCAUCGGCUGACAUUGAAGGUUGGAGUUCCCAUCAUGCUUCUAAGAAACAUUGAUCAAGCAAAUGGUUUAUGCAAUGGAACACGCUUGCAAGUCAACCAUCUUGGGAAGAACAUUAUUACUGCCACUGUUAUCACUGGAAAGAGUAUAGGACAGAAGGUUUUAAUCCCAAGGAUGGAUUUGGUUCCAUCAGAUUCAGGGUUUCCAUUCAAAUUCUCAAGAAGGCAAUUCCCCGUUUCUUUAUGCUUUGCUAUGACAAUAAACAAAAGUCAAGGCCAAUCAUUGUCCAAAGUAGGUUUAUACUUACCUCGCCCGGUAUUCACACAUGGACAGUUGUAUGUGGCUGUGUCAAGAGUAACUACUAAGAAAGGUUUGAAAAUGUUAAUCCUGGAUGAAGAUGGUAUCCCUUGCACAUCAACUAUCAAUGUUGUUUAUCCAGAAGUAUUUGAUAAUUUGUAGGUUGAAUUGCUACAAGCGUUUUUUGAUGGAAACAUGACGUAGCGAAUCAUUGUCUUGAAGGGCUUAUAUUGAGAUAUAUGUUUGCUAUUGGGCUAUGCAGUUCAUUUUUGAUGUUUUUUUGAAGUCAUUCUAUGAUUGUAAUAUGCCAAUGAAGUUCUAAUUCAUAAAUUUGUGAUGGCAAUGGAUGUGGUUUAAUUUAUUAGUUGUUAUAGAUUAACUAUGUAUUUUAUUUUACAAAAAUGACGACGUAUGUUAUUCA